UCAUUUAUGGUAGUGCGUUUUUAAUCAUAAAAAUGUCAAAUCGAAUGGAAUAUAUAAUUUCGCCGUGGGAAAUUGAAUUAUAUAUACAACAUCUACAAAUUUCGGAACUUGAAGAUAUUGGAACGAAAGGCUGGUUUGAAUUUCAUAAAAAGUUGAUGUUAUUAAAUCAACAAAGCGUAUUAGAAAUUAGCGGCUUGCGAGAAGAAAGUACUAAGGAAUGGUUUGUUUCUUUUAAAAAGAUUCCUGUCCUUAUAUACGAAGCUAUACAAAUUGAUAUAUGGAAGCAUAAAGUAUUUCCACUUUUGAUCGAAAUAAAUGAAGAACCAAAAAAUACUUUUAUGCUUUACACUGUAUUUUAUCACGAAGAUAUUGCCGUUUCACUAUUAGAAAACGUGUUGUUUCAUUGUGAAAGUGCAGAAACUAUAAAUGAUUCUGCUCUUGACCUCGUCGAUUAUGCUGUUAAAUCUGUAUCUUUACUCCUCGAUAUGCCUGUCAUCGAAAUUUAUGAAAAUGUAAGAGACCCAAACUCAUGUCUUGAAGAAAUAUUUGAGAAAAAGAAAGAAUUUGAAUUUGAUAUUGGUAUACGUUGCAUUUCGAUUCUCCGUUACUUGGCCGAAUACGUAGAUAGUUUACCAUUGUGUGUAUUAUCGCGAUUGUUAGCUACUCAUGAUGUGCCCUAUUUACUUGCUCAACUCAUUGAAAGGCAUCCGUGGAAAAAGGAAAGUAAAGGUGAAAAUAUGAUAUAUAACAGUGGUUGGAAAAAAGUGAAAUCAGGUGAAGAAGGAAAAAUUUCUAAAAUAGAAGGACAAGUUUGGCUUGGUUUAAGGGAAUUAUUGCUUAAUACAAAAAGUGCACCUUAUUAUGAAAUUACUGAUCAUAGGUUUUCACAGUUAUUAAAAUUACAGAAAUAUUUACACGAAUGUGUACUGGAUCAAAUUUCACCUUUAAUAGAUCUAAAAAGAUGGUUAAAUUAUUUAAGUAUAUCAUCACCUAAUGGUAAUGCAUUGCGAGCAAUAAAUGUGGAACUUAUACCACAGAUAAAAUCGUCAAUAAUAGAGAAAUAUCAUAAGAAGUGGAAAAAAUUAGCAAAACAUCAAUCAAAAUUUAUAUACACUACAGACGUUGAUUAUAUUAAAAAUGCUGCUCAAAUUUUAAGCGAUGCAUAUGAUUUGGACAAACUGGAUUGCAUUGAUGUUAAAGAAUGCUCUUUAUGUCAUGAAGAAGCAAAAAAACGUUGUUCCAAAUGUAAAGAAGUUUGGUACUGUGGAAGGGAGUGUCAAGUAAAAGAUUGGGUGAAGCAUAAGAAUAUUUGUGACAAGAUAACAAAAAGCAUAGAAUGUGAGAAAGACUAAUUUCGAAAUUUUUGUCUG